UUUUGAAGUCAUGGAUCCCCGGUACAGUGGCCAGGAUGUCAUCCGAUGUGAUCUUUGUGAGACUGCAGUGGUACAAAUGCACUGUGAUUUCUGUCAUGUCAACCUAUGUGUAGCUUGUAUAGGUAAACAUGUUUCUGAUGACUAUGACAAACACAAAGUGGUUCCAUUCAAACAACGAAAAUCAACUUUGAUCUAUCCAAAGUGUGCAACGCACCAAACCAAAAGCUGUGAUUUACAUUGCAGAGAAUGCAACAUUCCUGUUUGUUCAUUAUAUACGGUGUCCAAUGAACACGAAAAGCAUAAAUUCUUAGUCCUCUCAGAAAUCUAUGGUGAGAAGAAAAAAUCCGUAAGAAAAGAUUUGACAGAAUUAGAAAAUAAUCUUUCUCCAACAUAUAAAACAAUAGUAAUUGACAUAGAAACUCAGAUGGCGAGUUUAGACGGUGAUUAUGGAAAACUUACAGAAAUAGUGACAAAACGUGGAGAAGAAUGGCACAGAGAAAUUGACAGAGUCACCCAGGAAAAGAAAAUUGAAAUUCAUGAAAUGAAAAACAAACACCUUGGAAUUCUAAUGCAACACUUGGAUAAAAUCAAACAGGUACAGUCUCUUAUAGAUAAAGCAUUACUUUCUCUGAAGGUAAUUGAUGAAUCCAAUAACGUGACAAUGGCUUUGGAAUACACCUCCAGAACUGAAGAAUUCAGCCAACUUCCUCACAAGGUUCAACUAUCACUACCAACAUUUAGUCCACAAAAUAUAAAUAGAGAAGAGAUUUACAAGUUAUUUGGAUCUAUAACACCCAUAUUCACCAAAAAAGAAGAUGGCUACAGACCGAAGAAACAAGUCGCUGUAGCUAAAAUACUGCUGGAAGAACCAGAGCUCAUUACUUCUAUGAAUACUGGGUAUAAAUCACUCCGCAGUGUAACCUGUUUAAGCGAAGAGGAAAUUUGGAGUGAAGGGUCCGUUGAUGCAAUAAAAUGUUUCAACAUACAAGGUUCACUUAGAAAGAUCUUGGGAACAAAAUCAGGGAAACCUCCAAAUGACAUAUCUGUGACAAUUGAUGGAUAUCUAGUAGACACUGACUGGAAGACAAGAGCAGUGAUUAAAGUGAAGGAUGGCCAGAUAGAAAAAGUGCUCAAACUACAGGGCUGGGUACCUAAUCAACUCUGUGUCACUUCUAAUGGAGACCUCCUAGUUACUAUGUACAAUGAAGGGUUUGCACAGUCUAAAGUUGUUCGUUACUCAGGCUCAACAGAGAAACAAACAAUCCAGUUUGAUGAUGAGGGUGAACCUCUGUAUUCAAGGAAUGGCUACAUUAAAUAUAUCAGUGAGAACAGAAACCUGGAUAUCUGUGUGGCUGACUAUAAAGCUAGUGCUGUAGUUGUGGUUAGUCAGGCUGGUAAACUCAGGUUCAGAUACAUUGGUCAAUGCUCUACUACUAAGAAACUACCAUUCAAUCCACGGGGAAUCACAACCGAUAGUCAGUGUCAAAUACUGACUUCAGACAGGAUUAACAAUUGUAUUCACAUCCUAGACCAAAAUGGGCAGUUCCUCCGUUAUAUAGAUAAUUGUGAUUUUAAAGAUCCAUAUGGUUUGUGUGUAGACAAAAAUGAUAAUCUUUUUGUUGCUGAGUAUUCUACUGGGGACGUCAAGAUGAUUGAGUACAUUAUACAUAUAUCACAUGGCUUCGAGGGUGACAUACCAGAAUGUUUGCCCCAAGGUGACAGGAAAGUCCAGGAGUGUUAUGUCACCCGAUGCCGAAGGCAGAGGGUGACAUAA